CAUCAGGAACAAUACCUUAUGUUGGCCUUGAUUGUUGAUGGAGAAUAUUGACAGCUCACGUUCUCAGUUUUCUGCUAAAUCCUGACAAGUGAAAAGUUGUUUGGUUCGUUUAUGUAACGCAGCAAUUACACCUCUUUUGUGCCCACCCAUCAUGCCCAUGGAUGGUGGAACAUUGUGAUUAGAAUGUUGGAAAGUGAAAUUGUUUUGACUUCAAAAUUAAUGUGAUCAUGUUGAGUUUACGUGUCGUUUGACGUUCGUCAGAUUUGCCACAUCCGUCAUCUGGUCAUCAUGGAAGCCCCUGGCACAUCAGGGGAUGAAACGCUUCAAGUUCGACGGUAUGAACUUACAAACGCAAAUCUGACAAAUCAUGCAGAAAAAGUCGGACGGAAAAGCUUUGAGCUACUAAAAGUGUUGGGCACAGGAGCAUAUGGCAAGGUGUUCCUGGUUCGGAAGCACAGCGGAAAUGACCAAGGCAAGCUGUUUGCCAUGAAGGUCCUGAAGAAGGCCACCAUUGUCCAGAAGGCCAAGACGGCCGAGCAUACCAUGACAGAGAGACAGGUCCUAGAAGCCGUCCGACGCUGCCCUUUCCUGGUCACGUUACACUAUGCCUUCCAGACGGAUUCCAAGCUUCACCUCAUCCUGGAUUAUGUGAGCGGCGGUGAGUUAUUCACCCAUCUUUACCAGCGAGAGAGCUUCAAGGAAUCCGAGGUGCGCAUCUACAUAGGCGAGAUCAUACUGGCCUUGGAACAUCUGCACAAGUUGGGGAUAAUCUACAGAGACAUAAAAUUGGAAAACAUCCUGCUUGAUCAGGACGGCCACAUAGUACUGACAGACUUCGGGCUCAGUAAGGAAUUCCUCCCAAAUACGGACUCCAGAACCUACUCCUUCUGUGGGACUAUUGAAUACAUGGCCCCUGAAGUGGUGCGGGGUGGAACAACCGGUCAUGACAAGGCUGUUGAUUGGUGGUCGCUAGGUGUUCUGACCUAUGAACUCCUCACUGGGGCUUCACCAUUUACAGUGGAGGGGGAAAAGAAUACUCAGUCAGAAAUCUCGAAACGCAUCCUGAAUAGCUACCCCGGCAUGCCCAACAGCUUCUCUUCCACCAUGAAAGAUUUCAUCAAUCGUCUUCUAGUCAAGGAUCCCAAGAAGAGACUGGGCUCUGGACCCAACGGUGUGCAGGAAAUCCAACAACAUCCUCUCUUCAAGAAUCUGAAUUGGGAAGACCUAGCAGACAAGAAGGUUCCUCCUCCCUUCAGGCCUCACAUCAGCGGUGAGCUAGACACCAGUAACUUUGCUGACGAGUUCACCAAUCUCCCUCCUGCUGAGUCCCCGGCCGCUGUGCCCAAGACGGCUGAUGCCAGAGUGUUCAGGGGCUACUCCUUCAUUGCGCCAUCAGUACUGUACAGUGACAAUGCAAUCACAGCCAACCUACUACACCCAGAACCAGAUAAGAACAAGCCUUCCCUGGAACAGAUAUCACACUCAUCCCAAAUCAAGGAUUCUGCAUUUCACAAGACUUAUGAGAUUGAUCUGAAGUCUGAACCGUUAGGUGAUGGCAGCUUCUCAAUAUGCAGAAAAUGUACUCACAGAAAGACUGGCCAGGCUCACGCUGUGAAGAUCAUCAGUCGAAGGAAGAACUGCAACCAAGAAACAAAGUCACUACAGCUGUGCCAGGGCCAUCCCAACAUUGUGCAACUGCAUGGAGAGUUUAAGGAUGAGUUACAUACGUACAUUGUGAUGGAGUUGUGUCGAGGAGGGGAACUACUGAACAGAAUCCGCAAGAAAAAGCACUUUGAUGAGUCCGAGGCUAGUGCCAUCAUGAGGAAGCUGGUUUCAGCCGUCGACUUCAUACACAACCGGGGAAUAGUACACAGAGAUCUCAAACCAGAGAAUCUGCUGUUUACCGAUGAAACUGAAGAUGCAGAAUUGAAGAUCGUUGACUUUGGCUUUGCUCACAUCACCAACGCCAACCAGCCACUCAAGACACCGUGCUUCACCCUGCACUUUGCCGCCCCUGAGGUCCUGGGCCAAACAACCAAUAAAGAUGGCGGUUACGAUGCAUCUUGCGAUAUCUGGAGCCUGGGAGUCAUUUUGUACACCAUGCUGUCUGGCCACGUGCCUUUCCAAGCGUCCCGUCGUAGCGGAGACAACAGUGCAUCAGAGAUUAUGCGCAGGAUCAAAGAUGGAAACGUCUCCUUCACCGGACAGCAUUGGAGCUCUGUGAGCGAGGCUGCCAAAGAUCUUAUCCAAGGUCUUCUAACUGUCAACCCCAGCCAUCGUCUGACCCUUGAAGACCUACUGAUUAACGAGUGGAUACAAGGCCAGCAAGCCACCAGCUCUACCCCUCUCAUGACCCCUAACAUCCUCCUGUCCGCCAGUGCCUCCUCCGUCCAGACCAAAGUCAAGGCGACCAUGUUUGCCUUCCACAAGGCCCAGCGAGAGGGCUUCCGGCUCUUGGACGUGUCCAACGCGCCCCUGGCCAAGCGGCGCAAGCUCAAGAAGGACUCCUCCACGGAGACCCGCAGCAGCUCGAGUGAGAGCACCCACUCUCAGGGGUCCUCGCAGGGCGGGCCCACCUCACCCGCACACAAUCUGAACCAAACUGCCAAGGGUGCUAAUCCAUGCCCAGUCCGGGCAGACGCUCCUCCUACGAGGCAACACACUCAGGCAGCAGAAGGCCCAAGAGGGUUUCCUCCUGCAGUACACCUCCCUGAUCCAUCCGGUACGAAGAACUCCCCACAGGAUCAGAUUGUUCCUGUUCUAUCCAUGGGAGCUGAAUCAAUAACUUCAGCAUCAUCCACUUACUCGGCGGCAUCCUCGGCACAGCCUCAGAGACACUACGUGCCGGCGUCGCUUCAAAUGACCAAUCCGGUUUUCCAGCACAUGCAGAGCAAUGCAAAUCCUCACUCCAAUCCUGUCAUCUUUGUUCCCAACAUUCCCAGUCACCCAUCCCAUCCUCACCAUCACCACCAUCAGAUGUUGGCCUUCACCACAGUCCCCCCAAGCCUCUCUCAGGGUCCACUCCUGACAACACAGGGUCAGCAUCCAGCACAGUACUCCACAGUCGGUUUCCAUCACCUGCCUACGAUACAGGAGAACCUAAGCCAGUGGCAGGCAGUCCUAGGACCUGGCGGCAAUGUGGCCACCACGAUAGCCCCCGUGCUCCCUGAUUCCAAGUAACACGAGUACUCUUUGUUUAGGGAGAAUAUUUCAAAAUCUUCAGAAGUACACAAGGGGCACCAGCCUUCAGGAGUAACUUUGAAUGUUUUGCUCAAAUCUUGAAUGAUCAUGUAACUAGCACUAACUUUUUUAACUCAACUAUUUCACCCUUAAUUUUGUAAUCUCACCAAAUUUUGUAAUCUAACCAGAAAAAAACUAACAUGUUUUGUGGAAGUCUCAACCUGGGUCUGAGAGCAAAACUGGGGGGUGAUCCUUUCUGUUUACGGUGACAGUUUGGGUGAUGGGUUUAACACAGAUGGAAACAACUUUUUUUCCCCAAGAUUGUGCAACAUUUUGCUAAGGAUUCCAGGACAAGCAGUAUUGCCUUGGUCAGUACGUUCCUUUCCUUCCUUUUUUUUUUAUUAAAAAGGUCUGAUUAGCAGUGAUGUCAUUUGUUUCUCACCAUGUAGAGAAACUAAAUUCAUUACAUUAUUCGCCCUUGAAAUUAAGACCCAGUAAUCUUGUGUCUUUUUAAGAGCAAGAGGAACUUCAAAUAUAAAAACAAAACGAUAUAGGUUUGUUAGUAACACAUACUAAAAGUAAUAUUUUUGUACAAGAAAUUUUGAGUAGAUGUCAUUGUUGGACAUAUUUUAUCGUUGUUAUAUCUAAAUUUUUCUCCAACAUGUACGGGAAUAUGAAUUUACCUUGAGUGUUGGGAUUUGUAAAACCAACAGACUGGUCCAAACAUCACGCAGAAAGGAGGAAGUUGAAGAUAUUUGUGAAUUCGGUAAAAUUGAUAUAGCUUUGGAUGGGCGAGCCUGAAUCUUUUGCUCCCUAAAAAGGCUUUUGGCUUUCUUUGCCAUGAAAAAAUUGGAAUAAUUGUCAACUUGGUCAUACUUGAACAUUUUGUUGACAUCGAAUUUGACCCAAUCCCUUGGACUCCUACAGAAAUCUUCUGUAAACACACUGUCUGAUCCUGGUUGAUUUUGAAAGGAUUACGGUUACGGUUUAAAUUGGAUGUUGUAGAGAGCCAAGAUGUUUGACUUGUGUGGAUUAACCCUAACUCCCUGGGUCUUGUUGCUAGGAUGUAGCCUCAACCCUGCAAAAUCCUCCAAUUGGCCUCGUGGGAAAAUAGCAUGUAGCCUCAAUC